AUGCCAGGAGCACCAACAGCCCUGCUAGCUUUCAUAGUAUGCAUCUCCUUUCCAGCGGCUGGAGCCUCUUCCGAGCGCUCCAUGUCAUUGCCCGGCUGCGCUGACAAGUGCGGCGAUGUGCCCAUCCCAUACCCCUUCGGCAUUGGGGGGCACUGCGCCACGACCAGGCUGAACAGCUACUUCAACCUCACCUGCGACGGCACGUUUGAUCCACCUCGGCCAAUGGUUGGAGAUCGCGAGGCAAUAGUUGAGGUUGCCAGCAUCUCACUAGAGCAUGGUGAGAUGCGUGUGCUCAGCCCCGUCAACCACAUCUGCUUCACGUCAAAUAGCACAUCCACCAAGUUGGCCGAUGGGUAUGAUCUGCAGCCCACGCCCUUCAUCCCGUCACCAUCGCGCAACCGCUUCACAGUCAUCGGCUGCAACACCCUGGGACUCAUCACUGGCUACAAGGACACCGCCAGCCAGUACGUGGCUGGCUGCUACUCCUACUGUGAUGGUGUCAACAACACGUCCGACGGCGCGCCAUGUGCUGGGAUGGGUUGCUGUGAGGCUGCCAUCCCAGCCAAUCUCACCACCUUCGGGGUCGUGUUUCAGAUGAACCAGAGCAAGGUAUGGGACUUCAACCCGUGCUUCUACGCCAUGGUGGCCGAGGUUGGGUGGUACAAUUUCAGGCAGCAGGACCUCGUUGGUAGCCUUGGGUUUAUCAAUGAUCGGGCACAGAGGGGUGCCCCCAUCGUCGCUGACUGGGCCAUUAAGAAUGGCUCUUGCCCGGAGGAGGGGAAGGACGCACCUAGUGACUAUGCCUGCAUCAGUGCAAACAGCUACUGCAAGGCCGCGAACAAUGGUCCAGGGUACCUCUGCCAGUGCUCCAAAGGAUAUGAGGGCAAUCCUUAUCUUCUGAAUGGCUGUCAAGGUUCAAUAUUUACUCAGAUAUAA